CGCUUGAGGAUAGAAAUAAAAUACUCAACUGACUGGUGUCCGACAUGAAUCUGCUAAUCUGGAUGUGCCUAGCCGUUUCCCUGGCCAGUGUCAGUGGCAUUUUCUUCGAUUCGAAAGCUACGACGGGAAAGCGAGGCUCUGACGACGAUGACUUUAUGGGCGGACUCAGGCAAUUCUUUGGAUACACUGCAGACACGAACACGAGCAGUCACAACAAAACAGCCCAGGAAUCAGCAGAGUCCUCAUCGGGAUUUUACGAUGAGGUGGACACGGCACUUGAACAUGCAACAGACUCGAUGGACGGUCUAUGGCAGCAAUUUAAAAAGGGGCUUCUCAGUCUGAUGGGCAGUUUUAGUGCCGGCGAUGAGGACGAUGAUGGACUCAGUGCAUCAGCGACGGCUUCAAUUACACCAGCUCCCGCCCUGCAGCAAAUGAAGCCAAUUGCGAAUCAGCCUUCGGUUGUAAGCGAGACAACAACGGUGUUGCCUCCCGAAACCAACACAACCGUUAGAAUAAUAACGGCUACAACAAUGCCGACUACGGCGAUUCCAACUACAACACCAGGAACUGCAUCGACAGUGGAAACAACUACAGUUGUAAAUACAGUCAGCAGUACAACCAGUAGUACCAGCAGCAGUACCUUAGCUCCAUGAUGAGAAAUUGUGUCUCUUAACCUUCUGUCGGAUAAUUCCCGUCAUUGUUUGCACCUCAGCUGGCUUGUGCGUGUAUUUAUACUACGGGAAUGUAAAUAUAAA